CCCAAUAGUGACCGACCCGAACACGGGCAUACCUAUUUACUUUCGACCCAACCAGAAUCUCUUCGUCAACCAUACCAGAGUGUGUGAUGUGCUGUGUGGCGGGCCACGGGUAGUUGUGAUCGCAAGAACAAAUCGCCCUGUGACUAAGUGGACGCGGCUUGAUCGCGUCUUCAGGUUGCAACCACGGCGUCUCCACUAGCAAUGACGCAGCACAGCGACGCGUCCAGUGACCGAUCCGAAGUGUCUGUAACACCACCACCACCAGUAUCCAAAAUGCUAGAGUUCGCCAGCCAUCAGAACCUGAGUUUCCUGAACCUGGAGCACCGCAACAUGCUAGCUGCGCCUUUGGCAGCUCUCCACUCCAUGACGGAAAUGAAACAACACCAAACCCACCUAAAUUCAGAACACCUCCACCAUCAUGGCCAAGAAAAGAGUGACAACGACGUCAUGCUAGAACGUACAAGUUUGCACGUAGAACGCUCAGGUCUGACGUCGAGAAGUCCUCUAGGAGCCACCAGUAAUAGCAAUAGCUCGCAGGGGGCUAAUCCCCACGGCAUUGACCACAUUCUGUCGAGGCCCACGCAAAUAACCACAGGGCCUUUACAUUUCCCGCAUAAUCUUGGUUUCACGCAGAAUACUCUGGGUAUGGCGUCCAAUAGCUCGCAGAGCGCCUCGAAUUCUGGAUUGAGAGGUUUCAACAUUGCCGCCGCUGCCUUUUUCCACCACCAUGCUGCCAACUCGGUCAACAAACCCCCAGUGGAGCUCGGAAGAAGCACCGGAGGCUUGUACUGGCCUGGAAUCCAAGGACUCAAUCCCAUGUCUUGGAGGGAUCGCCUUAGUAUGAACCAGGGUAAUAUGGGUGGACUAGGAGGUGACAAGGAUGCGAAAAAGAAGCACACGAGGCCCACCUUCUCCGGCCAACAGAUAUUCGCCUUAGAAAAAACCUUCGAACAAACCAAAUACCUGGCAGGCCCAGAAAGAGCGAAAUUAGCGUACGCUUUAGGAAUGACCGAAUCUCAAGUGAAGGUUUGGUUCCAGAAUCGACGAACAAAAUGGCGGAAAAAACACGCAGCUGAAAUGGCGACAGCAAAGCGAAAACAAGAAGUGCUGGACAACCAGACGGAUGAAAAUAGCGAUAUAAUAUCAGACAAUGAAGACGAGCAUGUAUCGAAGAGGCAGAACUUACAAUGAGACAUUCAGAGUGUGAUGGAGUCAGGAUGCGUCGUGUAAAUAUUAAUUUAGUGAUCUCAGUGUUUGUGAGUUGUGCGCAAGCAGAACAUGUUCAUGGCCAUGCGCAAGUUGUAAAAAUGUUAUAUAUAUAUUAUAUAGCUGAGAGAAUGCGUCUCACGUUACAAAUCUAUAUAGGGAUGAUUAUUAGAUAUUUAAUUUGUUUUCAGUUUACCGCUCGAUGAUACAGUAUUCAAAGCGAAUUGACAUAGGGUAUACAGUGCUUUCACAUUUACUCCCUACGUAGGACAUAAUAUAACUCUCUCGUUAUUUGAUGGGAAGGGAGCAUGCGCAGUUUCAC